GACUACUCUACUGUUCCAACAGGAGAUGAUAAUUAAGAAUUUGGAGGGGAAUACUUUGGAAACUCAUUUUCUCGAUAAAUUGGAUUUUGCAAGCAAACAGAAGACGUGCACCGCUUGAACCGAACACGCUUGGCCACCGUCUGACCGGAGCGAGUCUGUGACCAUGCUGGACGAGCCCACGGAAAGAACAAAAGCUCAGUUUCACAAAGCAGAAUGGCUAGCUAUAGUGUCUUCAACCAAACGGGGAGCGAGGACUGGGAUUUCCACGAGCCUGGAGAACAACUGCGCUGGGCCGCACUGCUCAUUCUCCUGGUCAUCUUUCCCACCAUUGGUGGAAACAUCCUGGUCAUUCUGGCAGUGUCACUGGAGAGGAAACUGCAGAACGCCACUAACUUCUUCCUGAUGUCUCUGGCUGUGGCCGAUCUACUGGUGGGAUUGCUAGUGAUGCCCAUCGCACUGGUGACCGUGCUUUUCCACUCCAGAUGGCCCCUUCCAGACUUCCUGUGCCCUAUCUGGCUGUUUCUGGACGUCUUGUUCUCCACGGCGUCCAUCAUGCACCUGUGCGCCAUCUCCCUCGACCGCUACAUAGCGAUCAAGAAGCCAAUCCAGCACAGCCAGUUCAAGUCCAGAGCUAAAGCGUUGGCGAAAAUCGCACUUGUCUGGCUAAUCUCUAUAGGUAUUGCAAUACCAAUUCCAAUCAAAGGGCUACAAGUCUUCGAUCAUCCAAACAACAUCACCUUCAACAACAACCACACCUGUUUGUUGUCACCAGAGGGCUUUGGGGACUUCAAGGUGUAUGGGUCUUUGACGGCUUUCUUUAUACCCCUUACAAUUAUGAUGAUCAUCUACUUGCUGACAAUCCAAGUACUACGCAAGAAGGCUGACCUUUUGAGAUCGAGAGCUAGGAGGCCCACCGUUUCCACUGUCUUCCAGCAGGAAUUGCCGGCUCUCUCUUCAACUGAGAAAGUGGCCAUUGCAAAUGGAAUAAAAAGGGACCGAACACUGAGCUCCGUCACAGGGGAUGAGGUUCCUCUCCGCAGGAUGUCCACCAUAGGGAAGAGGUCCAUGCAAAACUUGACUAAUGAACAAAGGGCCUCAAAGGUUCUGGGAAUUGUAUUCAUGUUGUUUGUUGUGAUGUGGUGUCCUUUCUUCAUUACUAAUGUGACCUCUGUACUCUGUCAAGGGUGCAACGGUAAUCUAGUGGAACACUUGUUGGAUAUCUUUCAAUGGGUGGGAUAUGUUUCAUCGGGCAUCAACCCUCUGGUUUAUACGCUGUUUAAUAGGACGUUCAGGCAGGCCUUUAGGCGCUACAUCACCUGUAACUACAGACGUGUGAGGACUCCAAAAAUGCAACGGAGAAGCAGAAUUGCUUUUCGGUCACCAGUGACUGAAAACUCAAAACGGUUUAUGAAACACGGUAUGAAAAACGGCAUUAGCCCUGUAAGCUAUCAAAGUCCUCUCCGGCGUCGGCCCACGAAUCUGCAGACCUCCGCAAAUAUCACGCUGGACACGUUGCUUCUGGCGGAGAAUGAAGACUGCAAACCUGACGAACACGUAAGUCACGUGUAGUAUAUCUGACACGCUUCAGAAAAGACAAGAUAGAGACUUGCCAUAGUGUUGCAGUGGCAUAAAAACGACAAGUCCUCAUGGGAACCAAUGAGAUAUGGUCGAAAAGAAGUUCAAGGCCAAGUCCAAGGUUUGUUCAGCAUUGCAGCCAAUACAAUACUCCAUCUUUAAACCUUGGAUUGGGGGAUAUAAGAUGAAUGUCUGAGAACCACCAAGACACAACACAGCUUUUGCAUGAGAAAAUAAUGGGCAGCCUAAUAAUUGGCGGUACUGUGAAAAUAAACAGUACUUGGGGGCAAGAGAGGACUGUCUUCGCACAAACUAAAUUUGGUUGACAGGGUCUACAAUGUGAAACCAAACAAAAAAAAAGACAUCUUAAUAAAGAUAAGCAAAAAUAGCUCAUUUAAAUCACACCUCCACUUACCUUCUGUAUACAAGGAAAAAUAAAUGCCUUACUGAA